AAAGAAUGUUAUCAGCGUUGCUUGUGAAAAACUUCCUUAAACAUGGCCAGAAAACAAUAUCACAUUCCAAAAGUAUUUCCACCAUUUAUUGCAAUUCUUUUCGUCGUCUUCACAAAUGGAGUUCAAACAGAGAUGGAGAGUCUGUAUAAAACAGUGUGUUCCCAUCACAAACUAGUCAUCACUUGUCCAUAUUACCACAAAAUCGCCAUCAAACGCUUGUAUUAUGGGAUUAAGCCAAAUGCUGUUUGUAACAACCGAUCGUUGAUAACGACCGGACGCCUACCGAUGUGUUGCCGGGGUGGACCACAAGACUGUAUUGUGUUAGACACUUCUCAGUAUUCUAACUACACAAUAUAUUGCUCUGGGUAUCGAACCUGCGAUCGGAAAGUUGCUGCUGUGAAGAGUUUGUCUACAUGCUCGAAACCAAACCAAGAAACCCAUUACCAACAGGUUGUUUACCAUUGUGUCCAAGAAAGCAACAUCAUCCCAUUCUGCAGUUCCGGUAAAAAGAGAGGAAAAACGGUUUUCAUCGGAAACAAGAACUACCCGGAAUCCAUCACCGGUGGCGUCCACGAGUGCCACUGCCAAGUCUAUUCAGGGUUUGGCAGUAGAGUUACCCUCCAUGCUGUGGACAUUACAAUAAGCUCCAGUAGAGAAUCGGUAUGUCAGAAAGGUUUGAAGAUUUCGGAUGUCCAUGGCGAAGAAAUUCAGAUUGGUUGUGGCUAUAAAGGUCUUUACGGUUUCCGUACAAUUUACCAGAAAGGAGCCAACAAUUUGACAGUAACGCUUUACAGUCUGUCAGAAGACUCUCGAGGCUAUGUUUGGUUGCAAGCCAGAGCGAUGGAAAAAGAGGAUUACGUCAUCGUCGAGUGUCAUGAAGAUGGCGUCGUAGUGCCGCAACCCAAAGACAAAUACCCGUUGCUUGACAAAAAUGAUGGCUUUGAUUCUUCCGGUGACAAACCUGGGACUGAACCGACCAGUUCAGUGGCGACCAUUCGAGAAGGGAAAUCCGAAAACGAUGAUGAAGGAAAUGAAGAAAUAAGUUUAACGAAAUUAGUUUAUGCCAUCGGUGGUGCCGCCGCAGCGAUUCUCUUGAUUCUGGUCCUGGCAUUAAUUGGAAUCGUUUUGUAUUGUCGAAGAGUGAAAAGAAGGAAGAGAAGAUUGUCUCAACUUCAAAAAUCCUCCGUUUUCAAUCCUUCAAAACUAGAAAACAAGCAGGACCCUUAUAACUAUAAUGAAGACCACUACAUCUCCAUUCGUCGAAGUCCUCUCAGGGUUUCCACUUACAGCACGUUGCAAGCUGUCACUAAAAAGAAAACACCCAACUCCUUUGAUCGGAGACACAGCGAUCAAAAUGGUGAGCUAAGUAACCAUUACUUGAAUGAUUUUGAAAUGACAAAUAUCCCAGAAGAAACAUCCGUUGAUCGCAUUGGUUCCUUAGCCAGGAAAUCAACCAAGAUUCCAAAAUAUGAAAUGUCUUCCUGUCAAGAAGCAGAUACACUUCCAGGCAACAGCCAUUAUGCUAACAUAACAUUUUCUGCACCUCCCAGUGAACAAAACACACUUCGACGGAACAAAAACAGUUUUUCGUCUCAACCGGCAUGUGACAAUGAGAAGCUGGAAUUUCUUCCUCCUCCUUUGGAAUCGUUUUUGUCCGAUGAUGACAAGGAUAUGUAUUAUCCCACUUCCCAUAAUACUCCACCGAUUUCACCAAUGACCGUUGACAACUAUGAUAGCAGCAAUUCUUCAAGGCAAGGUGAAUACUACAAGACUCCGGUCGUCCAUCCAAUCUACGAUACCGUAUCAGAGGACCAAAAUUUUCUUCCUUCACCAACAUUCCAAAACGAUAAUUAUCUCAUCAGGGAAAACCUUCCUGCUGCUAACGCAGACUUGACCUAUGAUCUGAAUGUAGAGAAUGGUAACAUCCCUCAAGGAAACUUUCUCGAACCAAACCAUUAUAAAAUACCAAGGCAAACAUCAUCAAACAGUAACUUUAUUUUUCCUCCCCCACCUUCUCCAACAGACUUUAACGAAGACUUAUAUAAUUCAAACGUCUACUGUGAAAUGCAAUUAGGUUCAGAUAAAAAUGAUAAUUAUAAUUAAACAAACUAAUUGAUAUCUUCCAGAUUUAUCACUGAAGCUCAAAUUAAAGUUUAGCAGUUGACUUUAUUAUUAUUUUUAUUAUUAUUAAUUAUAUAUAUAUUUUUUGAGGUAGCAAGCUGGCAGGGGUGUUAGCACACUGGGCAAAAUUCUUGGUGGCAUUUGGUCUGUCUCUAUGUCCUGAGUUUAAAUUCUGCUGGGGCUGACUUUGCCUGUCAUUCUUUUGGCAUCAAUAAAAUAAGUACCAGUUGAAUACUGGGAUCAGUGCGAUUGAUUGUCCCCUCCCCACAAAAUCCAGGCCUUGU